AUGCCCUCUGACACAGUUCUCCCGCGCUCUGGCAACAAGCGUCCCGUCAGACUCUCUGACAAGGUCAAGCAGAAUGCUGCCCACGCUGCGGAGAAGGAUGCCCAACGUCGCCAGCAAGACAUAAUCCGCAACCAAACACGGAUGGUGCGUGAUGCAAAGAAGGCGCAGAAAUCUGGUGCGUCUACCCAAGCAUCUGGCACCACAAAAACCAAACAUGCAGCCACCAGGAGUGUUCAGUCCCCUGCUCGCGCCGAUGAUCUGUUCAAUGCCACCGUCGUUGAAACACUGCGGUCGAAUGCGCAGGAACGAGGAUAUCCACUCCAGCUUAUUCCGCGUGCAACCGCUGUACCCCCUAGUACCCAAGCACCUCGUCACCGCCAUGGCCCCUCACUGCGUCAAAGUCCCUCAAGGCGGCUGACACCCGACAAGGUGCAGCAGUUGAUCCGCGAACGCACCAACACCCCAAGCUCCAACGAACAUUUCGAUCAGGGCGACGAAGACGACAACAACGUUUUCACACAUGCUGGAGCCAAGCGUUCAGCCCGCCCGUCGGAUGACAUUGAGUUGGAUGACGACGACAACUUCUUUACGAACAAGCGCCUACGUCACGAUCUCGAGGUGGAUGACCCUACCAAUGAUGACGACGACUUACUCAUGGAAUAUACAUCCGAUGGUGAGAUCAACACUACCGAUGACGCUGGUGAUAUAUCCUCCAGCGGUGACCACACUCGCCGACGCCCCAAGGCUCGCGAUUUCCCAUCCGAUGUUCAGCAACUCAUCUUUGCCGCCAUCCAUGUCUUCUAUGCGCUCAUGUGCAAUGGGCAUGCUUUCCCCACCUCUUUCCAAGAAUACUCAUGGUCCGAUAAGGCAUGGAAGAAGGCAUGCGACCACUACGAGCAUGAUAUUCGUCUGACAGCAGAGCUGAGAAAGCUGAUUACAGAUCGUACAAGCCAUCUACGGGGUGAGUUGAAGACAAAGGCUCGUCCCUUGGUCGCGUCAGCCUUUGGUUUCGAAGACACUGUAGACGAGGACGCACAGGCUGCCAACCGAAAGCUCGUCGAAGAUCUCAAGAAAGACUCAUCUUUUGUGUACCGUGUGCGCGGUAACACUCCAGAGGAACACCGCGGCAUGUUCCUAGCAAAGAUCAUCCAACAGCUGAUCAACGACAUUUUCUAUAAGGGGAAGAAAGCAACGGCCGUCAAGUGGGAGGAGUUUUUCACCACAUUCCCGAAGCCUGGGUUUGCGUUAGUUCUUUCUGCCAUCGAGUGUGCUAUUGACGAGUGGCAGAGCGGCAGCUUCCAUCGGGUCUCCUUCUCGGAGAUGGAUUACCGCGCCGUUUUUGAGACCCACCUCAAGAACCUCGACGACUUCGAAGGCCAAGGUGACAAUGCUGACCAGGUGCUGACCAAGUUCAUGCAGCGCGUCCAUCAAAUCGGGAGUUCCCAUGCUGGAAUCGCCACUCGAUCUCGCGCUCCUCAGCCCAUCAACAACCCUGCCGUGUUCGCUACAGCAAAAGCCGACAUGCUUCUGGAUUUAGAGUCAAACUAA